ACAACACUCGCCUCCACGGCUCAAGACAGGCUGCAUUUGGGCUCAGGCUGACCUGAAGGCCACUUCUCAUUCUUCUCUGAGCUUUGCUUGACCAUCCCGCUGCAGUGCAGCGAGCUUGGCCAAAGCCUGCUGCUGGCAUCCGUCGCAGAGCCUCACUUGGAGGUAAGCUCAAGGUAUGUGCUUCUUUGCCGCCACGGCGUCUCCUGGAUUCCAGGUGACUUGCUCGAGCUGAGCAGGUCCUUCUCCUUACUCUUAUCUCAUUUCUGGCUUUCUGACGGUUCUACCAUGGCGAGUGCCAUGUACUUACGUCUUGGGCGGCAGGCUCUCUUGCCUCGCUCAUCAGACUCACUCACAGCCCGCCCGGGCCAAGCAAGCACCUCAAGGUUCCUGGCUCCUUCGAUGCGGCUCGGGUAAUCUUCGGCAGCCGCGUGCAAGCUCUCCAGUCGCAACAUUCCGGCAAUAACAUUUUGUCAACAAUUUCUGGGCACUCGACGCUAGCGCCAUAACACAGCCAUCCACAACAGAGCUCCAACCGACGAAUAGGAACGGACCACAGCUCACCAGCAAAACUCUGAGCAAGGAGGGAGGUAGCGUGGGCCGUGGCAGCACAGAGGUGCAGCGCAGAGCAAAGCAGAGCAGCAGAGGUGCGCCGGUGGUCAUACCUCUCCAUUGGAAGCAGCAGAAGCAGACACGCAGACACAGGCCGCGCCGUGGACUUGCUCAGAAACGAAAAGCACCGCAAAGACAAGCAGCACCAGCACCAGCACGCAGCAGCACCCGGCACACCCAUCGACGGUCCCCUCUCCUCGCACCUCCCACACCACACCGACCGCGAUUUUCUUGCUCGCACCGAAGCUCCCUCGCUCCCAUUCGCCCCCCUGUCCUCUUCUCCUGCCGUCACCGACGAACAACAACAAUCACUGUCAGCCUUCGAACUAAAUUUCUGCCAUCUCCAUCCACCUCCACCAAAGCUUCCCUCGACAACCCCUCCAACUUCAACCCAACACCGAAACAGUCUUCUUCGAUAACAGUCCUUUUUUCCAAACCUUGUACUCGACACGCGCAUCCCCACUUUGAUCGAAUCAUCGGAUCCCAAACUCGACUUUCGAAUUUAUCAAACCUUUUUUUUUCGCGCCCUCGCAUCAACAUCAACAAUGGCCGGCGGCAAGGGUAAGUCUGGCGGAAAGACGUCCGGAGGUAAGGCUACGGCCGAAGUCCCCAAGAAGCAGCAGAGCCACUCCGCUCGCGCUGGUCUCCAGUUCCCCUGCGGUCGUGUUAAGCGUUUCCUCAAGGCCAACACCCAGAACAAGAUGCGCGUCGGUGCCAAGGCUGCCGUCUAUGUCACCGCCGUUCUCGAAUACCUGACUGCUGAAGUACUCGAGCUUGCAGGCAACGCCGCCAAGGACCUCAAGGUCAAGCGUAUCACUCCCCGCCAUCUCCAGCUUGCCAUUCGUGGUGACGAAGAACUUGACACCCUGAUUCGUGCCACCAUCGCCUUUGGUGGUGUUCUGCCACACAUCAACCGCGCGCUCCUCCUCAAGGUCGAGCAAAAGAAGAAGGCCAAGGCGCUCGAGGCAUAAAUCCCGCGUCUUGCACAACAACGACAACAACGUUGAUAUUCCCGGUUGGCUUUUUUCUCAGGACGGUUAUUUGGGAGUGGUUCGGUCUCAAGGGAUGCUUUUUUCUGCUUUCCUUACAACACUGGUCAGAAACGACGAUGAUGCAGGUGUGCCAGAGCUUGAAUAAUCUUUUCACAACGUCUGGAAACAAAGAAAGGAAGAGGCAUGCAACGGUUCAGAGUUGCACGCAAUCCUGUCCUCGACGUUUACGGGUACGGUGCUAGAAAAACAUAGCGCAUGAGCCAUAAGUGCCUUGAUCUUCACGAUUGCAGGGUACUCGCUCUGGGUGCAUGCACUCUCAGAAACCCACGCAGAUUCGCCUCGAGUCUGGCACUCGCUCACAAUGUACAACAUUUCGAGGUUCCUGUUUCGGUUCCCAAGAAGGCACGCGCGGAUAAGGCACUAGCUGAUGGGCUUAGGUAGAUGAAUAAAACUGUAAUGGGGGUACACAUUUGAUUUCCGUAUACUGACGCAAUGCCCUCGUCCUAGGUGAUGACAGACUCAUGCAGACAAUCUAUCCAAAUGGUGUUCGUGAAUCGGGGUAUCUAUGAUGCGGCCUAAUUACCCGGUUAAUGGAAUGCUGAAGCGUACGCGUCGUCCAGAUGCUGGCUUGAUUCGUGUCCCUCGUGUUGGAUACGUUCCCACCUGCCGC